AUGCCGGUAGUAAUCCUUGUGGUGGGCAUGGCCGGCACCGGCAAGACAACGCUGGUGCAUCGCAUGCAGCACUACGCACAUGCGAACAGCAUCCGCUCGUAUUUCAUCAAUCUCGACCCUGCCGUGACGCACACCCCAUACAACGUGAACAUCGACAUCCGCGACAGUGUGCAAUACGGGGAGGUCAUGAAGAAAUACCGGCUGGGCCCGAACGGUGCUAUCAUGACGUCGCUGAACCUCUUCGCCACAAAGAUUCAUCAGGUCGUGUCGCUGCUGGAGAAGAAGGAGAUGCUGGACUGGGUCGUCGUGGACACGCCUGGCCAGAUCGAGGUGUUCACGUGGUCCGCCUCAGGGCAGCUGAUAGCGGAGUCAUUUGGCGCUGUCUUCCCCACGGUGCUCCUCUUCGUCGCUGACACGGUGCGUUGUGUGAGCAGCCCACAAACCUUUGUGUCGACAAUGCUGUACUCCAGCGGCAUCAUGCUCAAGCAACAGGUGCCCCUCGUUGUAGUGUUCAACAAGACCGACGUGGUGUCCGCGGAUUCCGUGGUUAUGUGGAUGCGGAACAACGAUGCCCUUGACGAGGCCGUUACAAACCCCCGCUGCAAUAACCAGAGCAGAGGCUCCCUCUCUGGAGAGCCCGGCGGUGACGAGGCUGCCGACUGGCAGGGCGAGGGCACGCGCGUCGGGGAAGCCGCGCUCUGCUCCAAGGACGUGCUACUCGCCAGCCAGGGGGGCAGCUACGCGGGGGCACUGGCGCAGUCCAUGUCGCUGUUCUUGCAUGAAUUCUACGAGGACUUACCAUACGCCGCAGUGUCGGCGGCCUCGGGUGCUGGCAUGGGCGAGCUGGCUGCCUCGAUUGAACGGGGAAAGCAACAGGCACUGGAGGCGAAGGCAGCGAAGGCUGCACAAUAA